AUGCCUCAGCCGCAGCAGCAGCAGCAGGAACCUCUGCUCGAGAAUAAAGACAACGACAAACUCUCGGAGGAGCUGCCGGUUUGCUCGAAGGCGGUCUCUAUCCCCAAACCCCACGUGCACCUCCUGUCAGUGGGAAACGUGUCGGUGGAGCAGAAGAAACCUGCGCAAUGGAACACGAGGAAUCUGGGGUUGCGACUGGGCGCCGAUGUCACCUCUGCUGCAAGCGCCUCGGUCUUGAUUGCUCCCAUAAUAACUGUCAUUGACCGACUUGGUCCUCGGGUCUGCUUGUUCGAUGUCCUCCUGGGGUUCUGUCCGGACCGGACGUUGGGAGUAGGUGCCACUAACAGCAAGGACCAGAUCCAUACGAUCACCCGUCCACAUGCGUUCAUUUUCUCCAGGCCGUUCCUGUUGAUCUUCGCCUUGUACUUGUCAACCUACACGACAGCCAACGCCGUUGACACGCUCCACUCGACAGUUGCGUCCAAGCCAGCCUCUACAGUCUCUUCUGGCGCGACCAAAUUCAUUGCGACCUCGUCGGUGAAUAUGAGCGCGUGUGUGUAUAAAGACUCGUGCUUCGCGCGGAUGUUUGGGGCCGCGUCCUCUUCCACGGGGGCAACCGUUCCCAGGCUCUCUUACGCCCUCUUUGCCGUGCGGGAUAGUCUGACGAUCUUUGCGUCAUUUAAUCUACCGUCCAUCAUUGCGCCACAACUCGCGAACCUGCCUCUAGAGGUGAGGUCACGGUUUUCUCGCAUUCUCUCCACGGAGUCGGGCAGGAUGAACACGGCCCAGUUUAUGGCGCCGGCUGCCAUCCAAUUGAUAUCGACUCCGAUCCACCUGCUGGGGUUGGAUCUGUACAAUAGACAGGGUCGGUUGGGUUCUGGAGCACGAUAUUCGCGGGUCGUGCGGGAUUGGGGCGUCAGUGCUUUUGCUCGGAUGGGAAGGAUCAUUCCCGCGUUUGGCGUUGGUGGUGUCGUCAACGCGAACAUGAGGAGGAAUUUCAUGACGAAAAUCGAAGAGUUAUGA